UCCGUCUAUCUUGCGCACUAUCUCCGCCCUCCAGGGAGAGACUUCUCCGCGCACCGAGCACCUUUCCUCGCGCGCUGCCGCUCAAUCAAAAUUAGGCGUGACGGACUGCGAAGAGCGCAAAAGAAAAGGACGCGGCGACGAUUUGGCGCCGGACUCCCUCCCACCCCGCUUCCACCUCCACCAACAUCACCACCACCACCACCUCCUCCUCCUUCUCCUCCACCUCCUCUCCCCGAUAUGAAUUUCUGGAUUAUGGGGACGUCGUUAUGCCGCGCAGGGUGAACCACAGCCGCUUUCCAAGACUCAAAUCACCCGAGCCGGGAGCGCUGCACGAAUCAGAUAUUGCUCCGACGCUGCGCGCCGUCGGGACUGCGCCUGUAAAUACCUUUCGGGAUGUUUAAUUCUACGCGUUUGUGGCGUUAGUGCGCGCAGCGUGCGGCUUGGGGGGGGUUGCGUGAUGCGCGGAGUUGGCACGGCGCCUUCAUAAUUAGAACCCUAUUUUUUAAAAUUUAUUUAUUCAUAUUUUAAUAUCAAUGCCGAUUUUUGAUUGAUCUCCGUCUCUCAUUUUUUCUUUAAAAUAACGCAAGCGCAAGUGUGCCCCCCCUCCCCAAAAAAGGUGAAGUGAAUUGUGUGGAUCGUCAGGAGUUCGCGUUAUUUCCCAGAAUACUGAGAGCGACGCAAGGUUGCAAAUCUGCUUUGAGGAGCGAAACAAUUAAGAUGACAACAGAACCCGUCCUCACGAGAGAUUGUUGUCUUGAUUACCGAAGGAGCAGCAUUGGGAUCACGUCUCAGUUCCUGGAUUGCGAUAGAGUUGGAGGACAGGGAGCGGAGAGGGAGGCGAAGCAGAGGAGGGAGGAGAGAGCCGGGCAAGCUUUGGCCUCAGUGACGGACUGAGCUGAAGGUUGACGGCGCAGCUUUCACACCUGACGGAGGCAUGUAUGGACCCACUGGCGCAGCAUAGGUGAGAACAGGAGGAGCCCUGCCCCGCGCGUUGAGGUGCAAAACACACUGAUGACUGAAGCACAGCUGGCUUUGUCAGCGUUGGCCUUUUAUUCUGGAAACCCACUGUCUCUCAGGUCUGCACAAACUGCUUCUACCUUUUGUCCAAAAGGGGGGAAAAAACAAAAAAAAGUAAGAAGUACACCUGGAACCUCAGCACCUUCCUAAGUGCCCCCCCCCACCCCGCGCCAGAUUCAGUCCGCAUCCACAGAUGUGACUAAGUUGUCAAGAUUUCUUCGCCAGGAAGUUCCGGUUAUUUUGGGACUUGAUGUGAACCGAUCCCAGCCCAUUCCCUGGAAAUCAUCUCUACAUUUUUUUUGUCCGAAGCCGGCCCGGCGCUGUCGGGUCCCAUCAGGUUCAGCUGCAUGGACACAUCUUCAAAGACGUGGCUGCCGCAUCAGAGUCAGUUUGGGUUGGUUGGUCAAGCGGAGGUCUGCUGUGGCGGACCUGGAGUUUUAACCCCAAACCAAUCACGCAGGGCAAGCUUUGCCUCUGUAAGGCAGUCAAGCAUGGAAACGCCUCCGAAUGCCACCCCACAGCCCUUCAGACAGCCGAGUUUUCUCAAUCGGAGGCUGAAGGGCUCCAUCAAGAGGGCCAAAAGUCAGCCCAAACUAGACCGGACCAGCAGUUUCAGGCAAAUGAUUUUGCCCCGGUUUCGCAGUGCUGACCAGGAGAGGACACGGUUGAUGCAGAGCUUCAAAGAAUCCCACUCCCACGAAUCCCUACUUUCUCCUAGCAGCGCUGCGGAGGCUUUGGACCUAGUUUUGGAUGAGGAGGCCAUAAUCAAACCUGUCCACUCUAGUAUUUUAGGACAAGAGUACUGCUUUGAGGUUACCACCAGUUCAGGGACAAAAUGUUUUGCCUGCCGAUCAGCUUCAGAGAGAGACAAGUGGAUUGAAAAUCUGCAACGAGCCGUCAAACCGAACAAGAACUCCUCGUUCCGCUUCCAGGACAACAGCAGACGGGUGGACAAUGUGCUCAAGUUGUGGAUCAUCGAAGCCCGAGACCUCCCCGCUAAGAAACGCUACUACUGCGAGCUGUGUCUGGAUGACAUGCUGUACGCACGCACCACCAGCAAACCCCGGACCGACACCGUCUUCUGGGGCGAGCAUUUUGAAUUUAACAAUUUGCCUACCAUUCGUAGCCUUCGUUUGCACCUCUACAAGGAAACGGACAAAAAAAGACGCAAGGAGAAAAGCACAUAUCUUGGCCUUGUCAGCAUCCCCAUCUCCAGCAUCACGGGCCGGCAGUUUGUCGAGCAGUGGUACCCGGUGAUACAGUCCAGCGUCCUGGCAAAGAGCGGCGGUGUUGGAAGUGCCAAAGUGAUCAACGCCUCGCUACGUGUCAAGUCUCGCUACCAGACAAUGAACAUCCUGCCGAUGGAGCUGUACAAGGAGUUUGCGGAGUACAUCACCAACAACUAUCGAACACUGUGUGCGGUUCUGGAGCCACUGCUGAGUGUGAAAAGCAAAGAGGAAGUGGCGUUCGCCCUGGUGCACAUCCUUCAAAGCACCGGCAAGACAAAGGAGUUCCUGUCUGACAUGGCGAUGUGUGAGGUGGAUCGAUUCAUGGACCGGGAGCACUUGAUCUUUCGCGAGAACACGCUAGCUACGAAGGCUGUGGAAGAGUACCUCAAACUUAUAGGUCACAGAUACCUCAAGGAUGCUAUAGGUGACUUCAUUCGAGCCUUAUACGAGUCUGAGGAGAACUGCGAGGUGGAUCCAAUGCGUGUCCCGCCGUCAGUCCUCGCUGACCAUCAAGCCAACCUCCGCAUGUGCUGUGAGCUGCUACUCUGCAAGAUCAUCAACUCUCUCUGCAUAUUUCCGCGGGAGCUGAAGGAAGUUUUCGCCUCGUGGAGGGCGAGAUGUGCUGAGCGCGGAAGAGAGGAUCUCGCCGACAGCCUCAUCAGCUCCUCCCUGUUUCUUCGCUUCAUGUGCCCGGCCAUCAUGUCCCCCUCCCUGUUCAACCUGAUGCAGGAGUACCCCGCCGAGCGCACGUCCCGCACGCUCACGCUCAUCGCCAAGGUGAUGCAGAACCUGGCCAGCUUCAGCAAGUUUGGACCCAAGGAGGAAUACAUGUACUUCAUGAACGAGUUCCUGGAGAUGGAAUGGGGCUCCAUGCAGCAGUUCCUUUACGAGAUUUCCAACAUGGACGCCGGAGGAAACGCCGGAGGGUUCGAGGGCUACAUCGACCUCGGCAGAGAGCUGUCCAUGCUCCACAGCUUACUAUGGGAAGUCAUGGGCCAGCUCAGCAAGGAUGCUAUUCUCAAACUGGGACCCCUGCCGCGGCUGCUGAACGACAUCAGCGUCGCCCUGAGGAACCCGCAGCUGCACAUGCCGACGAAUCACCAGCCGGACCGACCGAAGGACAGGCUCUUCUCGCGGCCGUCUUUCAACCGCCUCAUGUCGUCUGACUUCCAGAGCCUUAUGAUGCGCGACUUGAACAGUUCGAUAGACAUCUCCCGCCUGCCAUCACCCACGACUGGAGUCUCAGCUGUAGAAUCUCUCUCAUCUAAUCUGAACAUGAGGCGUCAAGCAGAACGAGACCUCCGCUCGUCGAGGGAGGUGUUCUACGUGACCCGCCCGCCGCUGGCCCGAUCCAGCCCGGCGUACUGCACGAGCAGCUCGGAUAUCACCGAACCGGAUCCAAAGGUCCAUAGUGUGAAUAAAAGUGUGUCCAUGAUGGACCUCCAGGACUCGCGCAUGAACAGCAUCUCCAACCUGAACUCUGUGGGAGACAUGCUCACCUCCUCUCAGGCCUCCAUUGCCGGCCUGGGCCACAGCUUCGGCAACCUCUGCGGCCCUCUGCGUAUGGGAGGGCAUAUGCCGGCGGGCUCGGCGGGCUCCGGUUUGAGGCUGAGCCAGAUGGGCCAUAUAGGGGGUCCCACCGAAUCCAUCUCUCAACAGCAGCAGCAGGCGGCGGCGGCCAUGCACUACCCCCUGUCUUUCCAGAACCCGCUAUUCCAUCUGGCCGCACAGAAUUCCCCGGCUCAGUCUCAGUCUCAGCCUCCCCCACCUCUCCUGCUCGCCCCCGAGCCCGAGAACGGCCACCACGACUAUCAGCCGGCUUUUGGCAACAACGCCUUCUCCCGCAGCGAGGACUUGUCCGGCCUGCGGUCGCAGAGCAGUCUGGUGCAGCCGAGCAUUGUCCACUCGCACAGCUACAGUGAUGAUUUCACCCGGCAGAAUCAGAACAACGACUACGCCUGGCACCAGCUGUCACUGCAGGUGCAGGAGUCUCUCCAGCAGCAGCACCUGGCAGGUGUCAUAUCUCAGACAACCACUGGGACGGGCACCCCCGCCUCUUUGGCCACCCCGCCUACUACAGUUCACCCUGUCCGCCAGUCAUCCAUCGCCGCGCCUCAACACCUCAAGUCACAGCGGUCCAUUAACACUCCAGCCACCGCCACACCGCCGAAGGUCCGCCCGCAGAGCAGGAACCUCCUCCUCGACUCCUCUGACACGAACUUCAGUGGCAGUCAGCCGAAGCAGCGCCAAAGUCAGCAGCAGCCGCAACAGCAGCAGCAGCAGCAGCAGCAGACGCAGCAGCAGCAGCAGCAACAGGACGCACAGCUGUCGGUAACAGACAGUCCAGCUCCCGGGCUCCCGUACCAGACGAGCUCCGCCAAAGAGAACCAGGGCCCGGCAGCAGCCGCAGAGGGGUCGACGGACACACCCACGAAAAACACCAAGAAGUCUGCACAGGGACAGCUGCAACCGCCACAGCAACAUCUGCUUAAACCCAACAAACAGGGAUCGUCCUUGAGCACCCCGGCCCUCAAUGAACGGACAGUCGCCUGGGUGUCCAACAUGCCUCAUCUGUCCGCUGACAUCGAGAGCCUGCGGCCGGACCGUGAGGGCCAGCUGAAAGAGUACUCCAAGAGCAUGGAUGAGUCACGACUGGAGAGGGUCAAAGAGUACGAAGAAGAGAUCCACUCCUUGAAGGAGCGGCUGAAGAUGUCUCAUCGUAAGCUUGAGGAAUACGAGCAGAGACUCAUGUCGCAGGAGCAGCAGACAAACAAGAUCCUAAUGCAGUAUCAGAACCGGCUGGAAGACAGCGAGCGACGUCUAAAGCAGCAGCAGUUGGAGAAAGACUCUCAAAUCAAAGGCAUCAUCAACAGACUCAUGGCUGUGGAAGAUGAGCUGAGAGGGGGUGCCAUUCCUGAUAUUAAGCCUCGAAUCCUCACAGACCAGUCUAUCAGCCAGGUCUAUGGUGGGCACCCCGGAUCCUGACUGUCAAUACCCAUGUGACCAGAACUCCUGAUGGUCACUCGGGUGUAAAACAAGAAGACCGAUCCAGAUCAUCCUACAAAAACCCAUGAAGAGAAGCUCUGCAGUGGAUCCAGCAGGACCACUCCAGUUCUUAAGAAAAACUUUGCACAUACUCAAACUUUGCCUGAACCAGAACUUGACAAUCAGAUUAGCGUGAGGACCAAUGAGUGCAGUGAAUCCUCUGCAUAAUUUGACUGAAAUAUAAGCCAAUGCCACAAAAAAAAUGGCAAUACUGAACCUAACGAGUUUCUUUAUUGAAUCAGAAGAAGUGAGAAGAUGUGUAAAACACUGGGGAUGAAGAUUGGAAGAUGGAUUCAUGAUUUUCCCCGCUGCAAGCAGCACACCCGCUUCUCAGUUAAACGGCUGCAGACAAAAUGUAGAAAAGGCUUUUAACAAGCACAACAUCCCCUCAUGGUGAUGCCCGUGACUGACAACAAGUGUGUUGUUUAAUCAACUAUGAUCCUCGGAUACAGGGCCCAAAGCAAAGACUGAUUCCGAUCAAAUCAUUUAGAAACUUAUUAUCACUCCAAAGGUGGUUAUCAUUAUGAUUUUUGCAUCCUCUAUAGUACAGCCAUACCAUCAGAAGAGAUGCCAAACAAGUCCAACAAUCAACUAACUGCUUUAAGCACAAUCAAAUUCUUCUCUGGUCGCCUUUUCCUCCAGCACACAGUGUGAAGCCAGAAAAAAAAAACCUGACUUUCAAUGUAUAGAUGGAGUAUUUCUCAAAGUUACUAAAUCUUUUUAAUAAUGGAAAUACUUCACGGAAAUAAUCUAAGAUUAUAAUGUGUUUUAUUCACUUUGUAAUAAUAAUAUUAAUCAUUAUAACAAUAAUACAUGACAUUUCAAAACAGUGAUACAAAGUGCUUAUGCUAAUGACUCAUAAAGACCUGACGUGAAAGAAAAAUCGUUUGAAAAUGUAUGAUUUAAAGGGGCAUUCCUUUGAUCUUUACUGCAAAUUAGGGGUUUGUCAUUCGAUAGUGAUGUACAUCAAUGAGGCAGGAAUGGCUGAAAAGAUGCUAAAUUGCAUUAUGGGGAAUGUAGGAUCCCAUAUUUUGGAGCUUCACUCAUACCAGGCACUUAGGCCCCAUUUACGGCUGGUUUUAGCAUGUGAUCUGUUUCUGUAUAAUCACAUCCAAUACAUCCAGUGAGUUUCAGGAUCAAGAAUACAUUUGUAGAGGUAUUUAUCCAUCUACGUUGUUUCAGUGUGAGUUUUGGAGAUAUUAGCCUUUUAGAUUUUUCCCUCGAGCACAGCAGAAUUGAAUAGUUCUAUAAUGCUCAAGGUGUCAUAGUAAUACAUUUUGAAUACUCAAUAGCAGUGUCUCCUUACAGGAAUCAUGCCCCGUGCAGCAGUAAGCGUAUAUCUACUCAUGGAUGAGAGGUUUGUGCUCCUAAUGGCCCAGGAUGUAAACUUUAAUGGUGUCCUUCUCGACUGAGCUGUAAUUUGAACUAGCUUAGCGAGCUAACAUCUCAUCCAUGACUAGAUGCAUUCUUCCUUCUGUGAGGUGACACAGAAAGACGAGAGGCUCUGCAGCAUAUCUUGAGUAACUGGGUUGUGUAAGAAAUGAAAGAGACGUUGCUGUUAAGUAUUUUGUAAUGCAUUUUCUGUUUUGCCACUGAUCUGAUCACAGUGUGAGCCUGAGCCCUCACAGAUGUGGUGUGUUUCUCACAUUAGGGAGGGACAUCCAGAUACAGCUUGCACGUUAAUUAGCAGCCUAAAUGGGGUCUAAGAACUGCCGCGGUUUCAAUUUUGACCCUUUUUUUUUUUUUUAAUAAAGUCCUCCAACUUAAUGAAAUGCAGUUUAUUAAAUCACUGGAAUGCCCCUUCUCUCAUUCAUAGAAAUCAAACUAUACCGUAUUGAUUUAACAUUGUCUUUAACAAUGGAUACGCUAUUAGAAAUUUCAGAAAGAUGACACAGACAGCUGUAGCUUCUCAGACAGGACUUUUCUGAUAGCAACAGCAGGACUCGAUCUCAUCUUUAGUCUGAUGCAGUUACAUUUUGAGAGAUUGUAACGCCUCAGCCUGACAAGUCUAAAAGUCAUGACCUGCAACAUUUUUGUUAUUUAUCCUUUUUGCCUUUUCACGUUUUGUUGUACAGCACUUUGUAACAUUGGUUUGAAAAGUGCCGUAUGAAUAAAUUCUAAUAACUAUGAUUAUAAACAUUAUGUGCAACUGGAAACAACUCAUAUUAUAGCAAGUAGUGAAUUACUCAUCUGUUGUGUUUAAUGUUUCUGAAGCAUAGAUGUGCAACAGUUCUGCAUGUGCUUUUUAAAAAUGCGAGGGCGAGUAAGUCGAUAUGUUGUCAGAUAUUAUUCUAAUGUACAAAAAAGAAAACUGUUGUUGACUUGGCUUUCUCACUGGAAGGCCUCUUUUUUUUAAACACAACCUGCUGACUCUUCCGUUUUUAAUCAGAAGAGGGUUGGCAUUCAGCCUUUUGCAUUAUACAACAUGAAAGUACUGAGAGAGAUGAAACCACAGACGAGCAAAAGGAGGAGAGACAGUGAAAACAACCGAACAAUAAAGAGUUUCCAAGCAGGGAUAUGUAGUAUAUGUGCAUAGGAUAUGACUGCCUUACAGUCUGUGCCACAGGGCCCAAAAUAACGCCAAUACUAAAAACACCUUGUAAAAUUUGUAAAAUAAACGUCCUUUUUUUGUAGUCAGGUGAUGAAUUAAUAAGCGGUGUGUUGGUUAACUCUGUAUGUUAGUCAGACUCAUUUAUAUUACAGAUUUCAUGGUUGAUAUAAUUUAUCUUAACCUCUUGCCUUUAAAAAGACAUUUUCUUUCAAGAUAAAUAUCAAUGAUAGAAAAUUAUAUGUUUAUGUUACCAGAAAUGUAUAAAAUAGCUUAAUGUAUAUUUAUUCUUAUAUGUAAAAUGUAUUCAAAUCAAAAGGGUAGGCCUUCAGGCAUGUUGAACUUGUGGUAAAAAAACAAAACAAAAAAAAAACAACGGAUUCUUAUAAUAUUUACUCUUAAUGCUGCAAUCCAGGAACUACAGUGCUAUGGUGUGACUGCGUUCAUGGGAUGAGAGCUGUAUAAUUUCCCAGCAUAGCACAUUUCUGUCCUGUGGAUUAAUGAGACAAAUUUCUUCAGAUUAUCUCGCCUAGGUUUGUGUAACCAAAAUAGCAGUGGUGCUUUUCAACAAUACUGGAUUGCAGUUUUAAGUAAUCUUCUUUUUGACGUUUAUUUAUUUGGCCUGCGUUGCAAUACAGUAUUUUGAAAUGUUAUACUGCACUUCUGUUUUCAUUUUUAGGAGAAGCUGCAAUCCGUAAUCUGACAAAUGUUUAUAAAAGACAUAAGAAUAUAUGAUAUACCCAUGUAUCCUUGAAACUCUCUGUAUUAGCUGCAGUGGUACAGUGUGCUACCUCUGAGAUCAUGCCCUCGUCUCCCUUCUCUGUUGGAGUUAAGGAUUCUUAUUCUGCGUUAUACCACAACCUGAGAGGAUACUUUAUUCCUCCAUUUAUUUAAGACACAAUGCUAACAAAAAAAAGUUUCUUUCUGACCACAUGUGAAAGUCAGGCUUAAUUUUCAGUUGCUUGUUCAUUGCUAUUUUAGGAUUUCUUAUAUAUAACGUUUACCAUCACAGGGCCGUUUCUAAAGAUUGUCCUGUUGUAUUUAAGUGCCGUUACCAUUCCAUUCAUACGAAUCUUCUUUUAAUUACUACAGGAUGAGAUUGAUUGUGUUCCGGGUAUUCGUCAGACUCUCAGGUGUCGCGAGGAACACAAAGACAUUUGGUAACAACAACUUUUGUAAUCUCAAAUUUACAACAACAACAACAACAAAAAAAUCACAAUCGCAGUCUCUAAAUACAACUCAAAAAGCACAUGAAAACGAGUGGCAACUACCGUGCUUUUAUUUUGGUUGAGUCCUGGCCCUCAUCUCAUCCGUAUAAAUAGUUGGAUUUACACCUUCUCUUGUAUUAUUCGUUACAUAAAAAGGGAACAGGAGCUGCUACUCUUGUUCCAAAAUGAAAAACGUGACAAAUGCUCCAGUGUAAUAAACUUGGGGAGGAAGAUUAUUGAAGCUACCGUUGGGGGAAGUGCUUUAUGUUUACAGAAUCAGGACAUUUUAGAGGAUGUAUGAACCUUUGUCGACCCAAGGGAGAAUAACUGCCGCUUUGCUGCAGCUAAAGCAGGACCUAAUAAAUGAAAUGAGAUAUCUUGUAUAUUUUGAAUAAGGGUAUUUAACAUCUAUCAACAUAUUUAUGUUUCUAAAAUGGAUGUAUAACAAAGUAUUUUUCUUGGCAGCUAUUAUUCUGCACAAUUGAUCUACUGUGUCACAAAUAUAUAGUUGGUGGGAUUUCUGACUUGAAUUGGGCCUACUGGAUGUAAUACCUUAAUUUACUUGACAUUUCUUUUGAAAUAAGCCAUGCCCCAUGGAUAAGCCAUACCCUCCAGUCCCCCUGAUGUUGUAUGGUGGAUGUUUAAUGUUGAUAGUUUUAUUUAUAAUGGUAGUUAUUGUAGGUAUGAUUGCGCUUGUAAUUAUUAUUAUUAGUGUAAGUAUACUUGAUUGAUAUGAUUUGUUUUGUUUGAACAAAGGGAAUGUAUUCAUUUUUCAGGUGAUUUUUCCGAGUGAUUUAAAUAAACUAAUAAAUCCCUAAUUCACAAUCUUUUAUUUUAAGUACCUCAAGUGAGCUACUUUAAAGGGAACAUUCAAGUUUUAUUUCAUUUUGUGUCACUACUAGAGUAGGGUUCCAUUAUCAAUGCUCAAAAGAUACAUCUGUUUUCUCAGACUGUCCAAUUUCAACAGCACUGUACUCCCCCUCUGUCUGAAACACUCUGUUUUAGCGCCUGUCUCUUUAAGGCCCCCCCCCCACAAAUAUCCAGUCUGCUCCGAUUGGUCAGCCCACACACGCCUGAGUGUUUCCGAUUUGGUCUGUUGUGUUUUCAGUUUCCAGUUAGCUUCGAUGCUACAAUCAAUAUAGGCAGAAAUCAUGUAAAAGUGUGACAGUGUGAUGUCAAGAUGUCAUGAAAUUAAAGGCAGGACUAAUGA